CUAAGGAUGAAAUGAAUGAGCAGUUCAAACUUCAAAUAGUUUAGCUCAAUAAUUUAUCAAGAAAAAAAAAGGAAGAAAGAGAAAUAUGGAGGAAAAGAUGCAAGUUCAAAGAGUUAGCUUACCACCGUCUUCUCCGGCGGCACACUGGCCGGAAAACGGUUGCCACCGGGAAAAAGACGGCAAGGCUUCGCCGGAGGAGAAAACGGCAUCGCCGCCGAUGACCCAAAACAAGCCCGGCGGAUGGAGAGCCAUGCCUUAUGUCUUAGGAAACGAGACAUUUGAGAGACUGGCAUCAGUAGGGUUGAUGGCAAACUUCUCAGUGUUUCUGUUGACAGUGUAUCAUAUGGACAUAGUGUCAGCUUCAAACAUGAUGAGCAUUUGGUCUGGUGUCACAAAUUUCAUACCUUUGUUGGGUGCCUUUCUCUCAGACUCUUUUCUUGGCAGAUUUUGGACCAUUGCUUUCUCAUCCAUUGCUGAAAUCUUGGGGAUGUUGACAUUGACCAUAAUAGCCCUGGUUCCAGGACUACGUCCGCCGCCAUGCAAAGCAUCCGCCACCAACCAACAAGGCUGCCGAGGACCCACAAAGUCACAGCUGGGCUUUCUCUUCUUGGGACUCGGCUUCCUCGCCGUCGGCUCCGGCGGAAUCCGGCCGUGCAGCAUCCCGUUCGGGGUGGACCAGUUCGACCCCACCACGGAGGAGGGCCGGAAGGGGAUCGCCAGCUUCUUCAACUGGUACUACACUUCCUUCACGGUGGUGCUCAUACUGGCGUUGACCGUCGUCGUCUACAUCCAAGACUCCGUCAGCUGGGCCCUCGGAUUCGGAAUCCCGGCGGCGCUCAUGGUGUUCGCGAUUGUCCUGUUUUUCCUCGGCACGCGCGUAUACGUCCACGUGAAGCCGCAGGGCAGCGUCUUUUCUGGUAUUGCGCACGUCUUCGCCGCCUCGUUUAAUAAACGGAAAGUCAAGCUCCCGGGGGAUCAAGACGACGGCAGCGCCUAUUAUGAUCCCCCGGUUGCAUUUCUCGUCAGAAAAAAGCUUCCCCUCACUGAUGAUUGCAGGUUUUUAAACAAAGCCGCCGUGAUAACGGAAGGAGAUUUAAACGGAGACGGAAAGCCCAAUAACAGGUGGAGGCUGGUCACCGUCCAUCAAAUGGAAGAAGUGAAAUGCCUAGUGAGAAUUAUCCCCGUUUGGGCCGCCGGUAUCAUUUGCUUGGUCGCCAUUGCCCAACAAGGCACCUUCACCGCCUCUCAGGCUCUCAAAAUGGAUCGUCACAUCGGCCCGAAGUUCCAAAUCCCGGCGGGCUCCCUCUUCGUCAUCUCGAUGGUCACGAUCGCGUUCUGGAUCCCGGUGUACGACCGCCUCGUCGUGCCAUGGAUCCGGAAGCGAACGAAGGUCGAGGGCGGGAUCACGAUGCUGCAGCGCAUUGGGAUCGGGAUCGUCCUCUCCAUCGUCGGCAUGGUCGUGUCAGCGGCGGUGGAGAGGAAGCGCAGGGCCAACGCCGUGGCCCACGGCGGGCCCGACGGGGUGGCGCCCAUGACGGUCAUGUGGCUGGCCCCGCAGCUGGUCGUCAUGGGCUUCGCCGAGGCGUUCAACAUCAUCGGGCAGAUCGAGUUCUUCAACCGCGAGUUCCCAGACAGCAUGAGCAGCGUGGCGAACUCGUUGUACUCCGUAACCGGCGCGGGCGCCGGUUACGUGAGCGUGCUGCUGGUGAGCGUUGUGCACAGGACGACGGGGAGGAACGGCCGGCCCGACUGGUUGGACAAGGACAUAAACAAGGGAGCGCUCGAGAACUAUUACAUGUUGAUCGCGGGAAUGGGAGUGGUGAACUUGGUGUAUUUUGUGUGGGUUGCGCGGGGGUAUCGUUACAAGAGUCAGGUCGGGAUCGGGGAGGUGGAAGAGGAGGAGGACGGCGGUCGUCGGACACCGUUCGGAGAUGAUAUUGAGCUGAUCAAAAAUAGUGUUGGUAAAAGUCAGAAUGAAGUUUGAGGUACACUCUACGUGUAGUAGUGAGACUUAUGUAGUGAUGGUAUAUGUAGAUAGUAUAUAGAGAAAUUUACUUAAAUAGCACUAAUAUAUAAUGACUUUACCCAAUUAGCACCACAUGUAUUUUUCUUCCCAAUGUAGUACUUUUAGUCAUUAUUCAAAUAAAUAUUUGCCAUCACAGGACAUUAUGGAUAUUAUUAAGUGCUAUUUAGGGAAUAAAAUAAUUUAAGUGCUAUUUA